AACCUCAUUGGGGUGGAGGAGAAGGCGGCGGCUGUCUGGUCCGCAGCGGCAACAGUAGCGAAUAAUACGACUAAUGGACUGCUGAAUUAUGAAGAAUUUCAGACCCAAGAGUAGAACCUCGCUCUGCCACUCACUCCUUUAUCUCCUGCUAGUUAUUUAAAUUGGACUUUUAAUAUCCUACCAGCUGCUCUUCAGACACACAUGGUGCAUUGUUGCCAUUCCCCGGAUUGCAUCUUUGAAACACAGGCUCUUAGUAACCCUCAGCGAACAAAGAGGCAACCUCCCGGGUACGUUUACUGGGAGGGUGUCACCCUGACUGCCCUCUAGCUUCUGCUGGAUCUGGAUUUGAAUUCCACCAUGGAGCCUCGCAUGGAGUCCUGCCUGGCACAGGUGUUGCAGAAGGAUGUGGGGAAACGACUGCAGGUUGGCCAAGAACUUAUAGACUAUUUCUCAGACAAACAGAAGUCUGCUGACCUUGAGCAUGACCAGACCAUGUUAGAUAAACUUGUGGAUGGGCUCGCUACCUCUUGGGUGAACUCUAGCAAUUACAAGGUGGUUUCUUCGGCUAUGGACAUCCUGUCUGCGCUGGUCACCCGGCUGCAGGAUCGGUUCAAGGCGCAGAUUGGCACAGUGUUGCCAAGUUUAAUAGACAGACUGGGAGAUGCUAAAGACUCUGUGCGAGAGCAAGACCAGACUCUGCUGCUGAAGAUCAUGGAUCAAGCUGCUAAUCCCCAGUAUGUGUGGGACCGGAUGCUGGGAGGCUUCAAGCACAAGAAUUUCGGACUCGGGAAGGCACGUGCCUCUGCCUUGUUGCCACACUCAAUGCCUCUGGAGCACACACUUUAACACUAAGCAAGAUUGUGCCACAUAUAUGUAACUUACUUGGAGACCCCAACAGCCAGGUUCGAGAUGCAGCAAUAAACAGCUUAGUGGAAAUUUACAGACAUGUAGGAGAACGUGUGAGGGCAGAUCUCAGUAAAAAAGGA